AUGCUUCCUCCUUCCUCGCUUGAUCCUUCUUCUUCUGGCGCUGUGGUGAUGAUCGUCAAUAUCAAUGGAGCCACUUGCAGUGGAAAAUCUACGCUUGCAGAAGAAUUAUGUCAAAGAUUUAAUUCGCCUAUUGAACCUAUUGGCCAAGAUUGUUUCUUGAAUCGCAACAUUCCGAUAUUUAAAAAGAAGGUUGAACUUUCCGAUGAUGAUCAUCAUAUUCACGAGAAAUUACAACAACCAUCCAACCAUCAACAAACUGAUUUAUCAAGAACAUCCAUGGACUCUUAUCGAGAGUGGCCAAAUUUUGAGUGUGAGCAGAGCAUUAAUUUUGUUCAAUUUGAGCAUGUCAUUAAAACUGCAAGAGAUAUCAUUCUGACCUCACAUCAAGACCUUCAACAAAUGAAAAGAAAAUUUAUGGAAUUUGGCUAUACGUGUUGGAAUGAAAAAUUUGCGACCUCUCAAACCUUGAUCAUUUCAAAUGUGAAGGUUUAUGUCAUUUUCGUCGAAGGAUUUUUAUCAUGCUGUGAUUUUAAUUUAAUUUGUAAUUUAUUUGAUAUUAAUAUUUAUUUAAAUGCCACCAAAGAUUUGUGUCUUAAAAGGCGAUCACAGAGAGAUGCUAAAAGAGAUGUAUCAAACGUUUCAAAAGAAUUUAUAUUGUGGUUUAAUGAACUUGUUUGGCCAUUUCAUGAGCUAUAUAGAACUCGACAACUUUCCAAUAUCAUCAAAUCAGGAAAACCAUUUUUGUGUGUCAAUUCAAAUGAUGAUAUUGAGGAAAUUCAACAAAAGAACAAAGAAAAAUUAUUGGACAAGGUUUCUACUUUCAUUAAGGGCUUGUUGAAGCACAAAGGAGGAGAAGACUCCCUCCAUUGUUGUAGGUACCCAACAAGAGAUGGUGAGACCUCUCAUUGUGACCAUCAAUUUGCUGAAACGAACAAGAUGAUCAUCAAUCCACUCCUCCAUCACAAUCUCCCAGAAUGGUUUGAUGUGAACAUGAACCAUGAACAAAGUGAAAAAGAGUUGGAGCAAUUCUUAUUCUCUCAUCAUGUAAAGUGA